GGAUAUUGUAUGGUACCACCGAAUACGAGAUACGGCGCAAGUAAUGGCGUUUGAUGGUAUGGGAGGGCAGUGGCUGCUUCAGUUAACAAAUGGGUUUGUCUCUUAAUUGUGGGCUAUCGACCAAAGUAGUUCUACUGCAAAAUGUUAAUGAGUGACUUCGAUAACUGCUGUAAAUGAGAAAUAGGAAUUACUGUUGUAUCACGGAGUGAUUGCGUCUGGAAUCUGUCAGAUAAGAGUAAUUUUUGGUUAGGAACAUUAUUGCAUUCAUAUGUUGCGGAUAGCGUUGUAAAAGGUGUAAGCUGUUCGAGAGCCCAAAUCCAUUGGGUCCCAACAAUGUCUCUCCCUAGUCGGGCACGUGUGUAUGCUGAUGUAAAUUCUCAUAAACCACGAGAGUAUUGGGACUAUGAAUCAUAUGUAGUGGAUUGGGGGCAGCAGGAUGACUAUCAGUUAGUACGGAAGCUUGGCCGUGGAAAAUACAGUGAAGUGUUUGAAGCCAUCAAUGUAACAAACAGUGAAAAGUGUGUCGUGAAAAUCCUGAAACCAGUGAAAAAGAAGAAAAUAAAACGAGAGAUAAAGAUUUUAGAGAAUCUGAGAGGUGGAACGAAUAUCAUCACCUUACAAGCUGUUGUGAAAGAUCCAGUUUCAAGAACGCCUGCCCUCAUAUUUGAACAUGUUAAUAACACGGACUUCAAACAGUUAUAUCAGACAUUAACAGACUAUGACAUCAGAUACUACUUAUACGAGUUACUGAAGGCUCUGGAUUACUGCCACAGUAUGGGCAUCAUGCACCGCGACGUAAAGCCUCAUAAUGUUAUGAUUGAUCACGAAAAUCGUAAACUACGCUUGAUUGACUGGGGACUGGCAGAAUUUUAUCAUCCAGGACAAGAGUACAAUGUCAGGGUGGCUUCACGAUACUUCAAAGGCCCGGAGUUACUAGUAGAUUAUCAGAUGUAUGACUAUUCAUUGGAUAUGUGGUCUUUGGGCUGCAUGCUAGCAAGUAUGAUAUUCAGAAAGGAACCUUUUUUUCAUGGUCAUGAUAAUUAUGAUCAGCUUGUACGAAUUGCUAAAGUUCUUGGAACUGAAGAACUGUCUGAGUAUUUAGAAAAAUAUCACAUAGAACUGGAUCCUAGGUUUCACGAUAUCUUAGGCAGGCAUUCUCGGAAGAGAUGGGAAAGAUUUGUGCACAGUGAAAACCAGCAUUUGGUGUCUCCAGAAGCUUUGGACUUCUUAGACAAACUGCUACGAUAUGAUCAUUAUGAACGGCUAACAGCACGAGAAGCUAUGGAGCAUCCUUAUUUCUACCCUAUUGUCAAGGAACAAGGUCGUCUGAAUAUGGUUUCAUCUUCACCUACUCCCAUAGCAGGCUCAGGGCCUGUAGUUGGUCCUCCUAUGACUGGCAAUUCAGUGGUGAGUGGACUAGUGCCGAGUUCCCCAAUCAUUUCUCCAGGAGCCGUUCCAUUGCCAAGUGGGGCACUGCAGCCAUAAAGUACAUUCUAGUGCUCAUGAAAUCAGUUGUUUUCAGAUCGAGUGCACUUCUGAGUAACAGCAACUACUCAAUAGACACAAAAGAUCAAACUCCCUUCGUGUGGUAUUAUCCACAGCCUUUCCUCCCACUUAUUACUUCAUUAAGAAUUUUAUGGAAGUAAAUUUCAGUGUUACUUCAGUUACUCGAUGUUGGCUGAUUGAAAUUAAUCAGAAAUAAAAUCUGAACAGUUGAUUUUGUUUCAUAUUUUAUUGGAGGUAUUGAGAACAGUCUAAUUUAUUGUAAUUUUUUUAAGUUCUGUGUUACGUUGGUGAAGAGAUGUGUGAAUGUUUAAAAACAAUGUUAACUGAUUUCUAUGUGAGAUUUGCUUUAAAAUGAUAAUACAAGUAUACAAAUAAAUAAUUUGGCUUCUGCAGCGCACCUGUAAUGAGUGGUAAAGUGCUACUGUGGAAAAAGAAGACUGGAACAUUAAAACAGGCAAUAAGUUCUUUGUUAGCUGUAAAUUUUUCCAAUUGAAAGGAGGCAUGAUUUCUUUGUGGUUUUGUCUCAGUUGUAUAGGAAAGAUGGAAUAAAGUUUCUGUAAGAAUGGAAUGCAGCUACAUUGUGUUACUGUAACUUAAUGGGCCACUUUUCCAUCGAGUUAUGAUAACUCUUAGAGUAUUCUACAGUGCAUGACGCGUAAAAAAAUACUUCAAAGAUUAAUGCUCAUUCCAUUUUAUAAUUUGCAUUCCUUAUCUUUCCUUUACUGUUGUAACACUUUUCAUUUCUUUGAAGUCACUUAUUUACACAGAGAAAAAGUAAUGAGGUGUUGUAUUUAGUGAUCAAAUGUUGCACCUGACCUCAUUGCUUGAAAAUAAAUGAAACCUGCCAUUAGUUUCCAUACUGUGACAUUUUGCAAAUGUGUCCUCUUGGUACAGAAAUAGUUAUAGACAUUGUUGAGGUAAUGUGUAAUUUAUUAUUUGCUCGACCCCAAAAAUGAUUUCCAUUGAGAAAAGCUGUCUUACAAACGUAGUCCAUAUUUUAUGUUUGAGAGACUGCUUUGAGCUCUGUUCACAAAGUUUUCAUUUUUUAUGUACAAAUUAUGAAGUUACUGAAAACUGUAUUUUCUUUUUGUAAGUGUCUGGAAAUCCACAGAACAUUACUUUUACGUCCUACUCGUCUCAAUAUGUUACUACCUUCAUAAAAUUGGAAUAAAGUAGACAGUAUUGUUAGCUGCAAAAACAAUUUGUAAUCUUUAAAUGACUGUUUUGUGAUCCAAAACAUCUAAAGCUAAUAUCAAAGUAAUUUGGUUACAGAAUACUAAUAAAUGUCAUAAAUCACUGGAAUGCGAGUAUAAAUUUCAGAGAUGUUUUUGCAGCUUACUACCGUGACUGCACUGGAACAAUUUUGACCUAUCAUUUGGCUUUUACUGUUUCAUUUUAGAAGUGGUUAACUUCACUGUGUAUGGCAGCAGUUGUAAUAUUUGUAAUAAAGUUUUUCAUGUACAGUA